UUUGCGUUUCUUUCUUUUUUAUCCCUAAUUUGAUGCGCAUUUAGCGUUUCUUUACUUUCUUUAUUUGUUUUGAAUUCUGGGAAAGAAUUUUUUUUUUUUUUGAACUUCAAGCAGGUGAUUUAGCGUUUUGAAAAUUUGAAGUUUCUGUUUCCCACUACGAUUUCAGUGGCUAGAAUGACUAAACUGACCUUGGUUGGUUCUCACUAGAAACUACUAAGAUGUCUUUUUAUUGAGUUCUUGUACUUGUCAAUAAGACAAUAACCUCAAUCGGUAACGUUCGUUAGUUUCUGCGGAUUUUUGGCUACUUUAAUCGAAUUGAGACAAACUUUUAUUGUUUGGUGACGCUAAUAAGAGUUGGCGAAGAAGAGAGGAGUGGAGAGGAGAAAGAGAGAAACCGGAAGAUGGUGGAGAUGACAAAGAAGGAAAUGGAAACUUCACACUGGUGGUGGUUUGAUUCUCACCAUAGCUCACUGCGCUCUCCAUGGCUACAAUCCACUCUUGCCGAACUAGACAAUAAGACAAAGGCAAUGCUGAAAGUGAUAGAGGAAGAUGCAGAUUCCUUUGCUCAACGUGCAGAGAUGUACUAUAAGAAACGACCAGAGUUGAUUAGCAUGGUUGAAGAUUUUUACAGAACCCAUCGUUCACUAGCAGAGCGAUAUGAUCAACUUAAGUCUGACUCUGGAAAUCGCCUCCUAACAACAUUGGGUUCUCCCUUUUCAGCCAAAUAUCAAUCCCAGAAGUUCAUGGGUGGGAUGGAUCGAGCCGAUGACAGCCAUUCUGAAACUUAUGAACUGCAGAAGUCCAUUGGUGGGAUGAAUCGAGCCUAUGACAGCCAUUCUGAAACUUAUGAACAUCAGAAAUUUGUCUGUGGGAUGAAUCAAACCUAUGAUAGCCAUUCUGACAUUUAUGACCUAGAGGAUUCUGCCGAAUCUGAAGUUGAUGAUCCUGAACAAGCAGAUGAAACUCAAUCUGAAAUAGAAAUGGGAGAAGUUGAGGAACCUGAACAGAGAUUAGAAACUAGAGAAGUUCAAGCUGAAGAUUUAGGUACAGUAUGCAAUGAUGAAGUGGCGAAGUUGCAUGAAGAAAUAGAAAGGCUCAAGGAAGAGAACAGGAUUCAAAAGGAUCAACUUUUGCAGAAAGAUGAAGAGAAAAGAGAGGUAAUAAGACAGCUCAGUUUAGCUGUGGAAGUAAUUAAACUAGAGAAUUUGAAGCUGAGGAAGUGUGUAGCCAGAGAUUCCCCCAAGAAAGGGAGCUUUUUUGAGUUCAACAAGUUGAAGGAAGUAUUUUCAGGGAAGCUUUUCAAUGGAUCUGCAAAUUCUCGUCUGAGUGUAGUAGCUCUCUAGAUAUACAGCCAUACAAGUAGUUUGUAGACGCAGUAUACAUGUAGAUCAGGGUGUAAAUCACAAGUUUCUAUGUUCAGCUUUAGGAGGUCAAUAUAUUGUCUUUGAAGUCUAGUUAGGAAAUUAGUGUAGUUUUAAAUCUUUUCUAGUUGUUACUGAUAAUACUAUUUCAAUAUUUCUAAAUUCUUGUUUAUGCAAUCUAAUUAUAAGUAACA